ACAUGCUGAACGUGAAAUCUGGUGUAGGAGAGCAGUUUGAGGGCUAUACAGAGGGACUUUGUCACGUUGUGUUGUUACGCCUCUGGUUAUCUGUGCCUGCUUACUCACCAUCCAUGAUGGCCAGAUGUCUGGGUCUUCUCCUACUAGUUCUACGCAGUGUGGCACAGGAGCUCCCGUCAGGGCCGCAUGGCUGCACAGACGGUAGCUGUUACCCAGCUACUGGGAACCUCCUGAUUGGACGAGCUGUUAACCUCACAGCCACCUCUACCUGUGGUCUGGAAGCGCCUGAGCAGUACUGUAUUGUCAGCCACCUGAAGGAGUCGGAUAAGUGCUUCACGUGUGAUUCCCGAAGUCCCCACGAUCCCGUCCACUACAAGCAUAGCCAUCGCGUGGAGAACGUCAUCUACCUCCGAGACGGCAGAGGAGAUCUCAUCUGGUGGCAAUCCGUCAACGGAGAGGAGACUGUCAGCAUCAGACUCGACCUGGAGGCCGAGUUCCACUUCACUCACCUCAUCAUGAAGUUCAAGACCUUCAGGCCAGCGGCCAUGCUGAUCGAGCGCUCAGCAGACUUUGGCCACACCUGGAGGACAUACCGCUACUUCGCCUACAACUGCAGCAGGACAUUCCCAGUGGUGCCGGCACGACCCCUGCACCUCAUCGAUGACAUCAUCUGCGAGGAACGCUACUCCGACAUCGAGCCGUCCACAGAAGGAGAGGUCAUUUACAAAGUGCUUGAUCCAUCAAUCCACGUCAGCGACCCCUACAGCACUAAUAUUCAAGACUUGCUGCGUAUCACCAACCUACGGAUCAACUUCACUCGGCUGCACACGCUGGGUGACAACCUGCUGGACCAGCGGGCCGACGUGCUGCAGAAGUACUACUACGCCUUGUACGAGCUGGUGGUGCGGGGCAGCUGCUUCUGCUACGGCCACGCCUCCGAGUGCGCGCCCGUGCCGGGGGUGCGCACCAGGGACAGCGGCAUGAUUCACGGGCGCUGUGUGUGUAAGCAUAACACGGUGGGCCUGAACUGUGAGCGCUGCAGAGAUUUCCACCACGACCUGCCCUGGAGACCAGCCGAGGCUGAUGACCCUCACACGUGCAGAGUGUGCAACUGUAACGGUCACUCCAGCAAGUGCCACUUUGACAUGGCGGUGUAUCUGGCCACGGAGAAUGUCAGCGGGGGUGUGUGUGAAGACUGUCUCCACAACACCAUGGGCCGCAACUGUGAGGUGUGCAAGCCCUUCUACUACAAGGACCCAGGCAGAGACAUCAGAGACCCGAACGCAUGUGUCCCAUGUGACUGUGACCCAGUGGGCUCACUGGAUGGAGGAGUGUGUGACGGCCACACUGAUCUGGAAAUGGGCAUGAUUGGGGGCCUGUGCCGUUGCAAGGCCCACGUGAGGGGCCAGCGCUGUGACCACUGCGAAGAGGGUCACUAUGGCCUCAGCCAAAAUGACCCCCUGGGCUGCCAGCCGUGUAACUGUGACCCGCGGGGCAUCUCCAUGCGGGGAGCACAGUGCGAUGCGAUCAGUGGCAGUUGCUCCUGCAAGAGAUAUGUGACAGGACGCUACUGCAACCAGUGCCUACCAGAGUACUGGGGACUCAGUACUGAUCUCGUAGGCUGCAGACCCUGCGACUGUGAUUUUGGAGGGGCCUAUAACAACAAGUGCAGGAUGGACAGCGGUCAGUGUGACUGUCGGCCUCACCUGAUUGGUCGCCAGUGCUCAGUGGUGCAGCCUGGGUAUUUCUGUGCUGCUCUGGACUACUACAGAUAUGAGGCUGAGAGGGCGGCGGGUCGCUCCCCUGAUGACCCCGUGCUACCCGGCAGCCCACGACCCCAGGCUGGAAACAUCUGUGUGGAGCAGCUCAACAACCAGCUGAGACGACACAAGCGCCAUCGGCACAUUGUCCAGCAGCAGAGGGCAAAACUGAGGCACAUCCGGCAGCUGCAGCAGAAGCCGGACGUAACCACCGUGCUCAGAGACAGGCAGCCGGGACAGGUGGUCACGUGGACGGGCCCAGGCUUUGCCCGGGUGAAAGAUGGUGCUGGCCUCGUGUUCACCAUGGACAACAUUCCUUAUGCCAUGGAGUAUGACAUCAUAAUCCGAUACGAGCCCGAGUACGCAGAAGACUGGGAGGCCAUCGUGAGUGUCACCUCCCUUCAGCUGCCCACCAGCGCUCGCUGUGGGAACCUCCUGCCCACUGAGCAGAUGUACACAGUCAUCCUGCCGCACCACACGAGGCACGUCCAGAUGCCCCGUCCCUUCUGUUUCGAGCCCCACAACCGCUACAUGGUGGCCAUCCGCUUCCAGCGUUAUGGCGUCUCCCACAGAUACCUCACUGCCCACAUCCUUGUGGACUCGCUCGUGCUGAUCCCUCGGUAUGAGGAGCUGCCAGGUUUCCAGGGUAAUGACGGCCAGGCCCAACACCGGCGGGAGAUGAUGGUGCACUACAUGUGUCUGGACUCGUUCUUGGCCACACACCCGCCACAGCUGGCUGACAUAUGCACAACACUCAUCUGCAGCAUCUCGGCCAUCAUGCAUAACGGAGCACUGCCAUGUCACUGUGACCCUCAGGGUUCACUGAGUGCAGAGUGUGAAAAGGUGGGAGGUCAGUGUCGCUGUAAACCCAAUGUUAUUGGCUCUAACUGUGACCAGUGCUCACCGAGAACGUAUGGAUUUGGACCGUAUGGCUGUACAGCCUGCGACUGCCACCUCGACGGCUCUGCUGGGCAGCAGUGUGACCCAGUGACGGGCCAGUGCCCGUGCUGGGCCGGGGCGCGGGGGCGCCAGUGCUCCGAGUGCCAGCCCGGCCAGUGGGGCUUCCCCAGCUGCAGGCCAUGUCAGUGCAACGGGCACGCCGAGACGUGCGACUCACACACGGGAGCGUGCCAGGGAUGCAGAGACCACACGGCGGGCCACCAGUGUGAACGGUGUGUGAACGGGUUCUAUGGGAACCCAGUGCUGGGCUCAGGGGAUCACUGCCAUCCCUGUCCAUGCCCGGGAAACCCAGGCAGCGGGCACUUCCAUGGAGAGUCCUGCUACAUGGAGCAAACCACGAACCAGAUUAUCUGUCAGUGCAAGCGAGGGUUCACAGGACCUCACUGUGACCGCUGUGCUCCGGGUUACUAUGGCAACCCGGAGCGACCUGGUGGGGAGUGUCGGCCGUGUGAGUGCAAUGGGAACAUAGAUGCUGAUGACCCCGAAUCAUGUGACCCCCGCACGGGCCAGUGCCUGAAGUGCCUGUACAACACAGAUGGACCUUCUUGCUACGAGUGCAAGCCUGGUUACUAUGGCAAUGCACUGGCCAGGGACUGCAGGCGCUGCACGUGCAUGACGUCUGGGACACAGCAGGCCUAUUGCAGUGACGGCGUGUGCCACUGUGACAGGCGGACUGGAGCAUGCCCCUGCCGGCCCAACGUGGUGGGCCAUAACUGCGACCAGUGCUCGAGCAACCACUGGAACCUGGGCAUGGAAGGGGGCUGUGCGGCAUGCGAAUGCGACCCUCAGAACUCCCUCGGCCCUCACUGCAACCUGAUUAGCGGUCAGUGUCAUUGCCAACCUGGCUUCGGAGGGAAGCAGUGUACCGAGUGUGAGGAGCUCCACUGGGGUGAUCCAAAAAAGCACUGCGAGGGAUGUAACUGUGACCCGUUGGGGGCGGAGUCGUUUCAGUGUGACCGCACCACGGGAGCGUGCCUGUGCAGGCAGGGGGCGAGCGGCCAACGCUGUGACGAGUGCGCCCGCGGCUUCACCGGGAGCUUCCCCAAGUGCGUGGCCUGCCACCCCUGCUUCCAGCUGUGGGACGACAUAGUGUGCCAGAUGCAACUGGACCUGGACAGCAUCCAAUACAUCAUAGCCAAGAUCCUGCAGUCGAACAAGGUGCCGGGCUUCAAUGACACCCGCAUCCGUGAGCUGGAGAAGAAGUUGACUGAGAUCCAAGACCUGCUCCAAGACGGGGACAGAGACAAGAUAUACCAAAAGAUAACACAGACCAUCGAUGACCUAAGGGCUGAGAUAGCUGUCACAGAUGGACGUUUGAUGGAAGUAGAGAGGGACUUGAAUGGGACAGCAAAGCAUGACCAAAUCCUGAAACUGAACUUGACGUCAAUGGAGGAGGAGUUCAGAAACCUGAACAGCACCCUGGUUCAACGGCGCCUGGACCUGGAGAACUAUCUCACAGCUGGACUCGCAGAGGAGUUUGAGAAAGUGCGGCGGUACUACCAGGAGUCGCUAAACGCAGAGCUCCGCUGCAACGCCUCCGUGUACGGGCCCUGGAGUCCUGUGGAGCAGUCCCGAGACACACGGCAGCGCACGGAGGACCUGCUGGGGCAGAAGGACCAGUUCCUGCGCACGCUCACUGCCCAGAAGAAAUCCCUGUCCGAACUGGAGGAGAAGGCAAAAAACAUGGACACGAAGGUCUAUCGCCUGAGCCUCAAGGUGUGUGGUGGCAUUGGCAACGUGAGUGAUGACAGCACAUGCGCAGACAGUCCAUGUGGCGGGGCCGGUUGCCAUGGCAGCAACGGCACGCUGUUGUGUGGCGGGCCACUCUGCAAUGGCACCGUUGGGGCCUCCCUCAGGGCACAGCAGCGUGUUGAUGAUGUCACCAAGAAUCUGACAGCUGCCAACGAAGAUCUCCUAAACACGGCCAAGAGGCUCCAGAACGUUGCCACACUUGCUCAGAAUGUGAAGACCCGAGCGAUAUCCACCCUAGACAAAGCCCAGAAGACAAAGGAGCUUUUUGAAAACUCCAAUAAGAAGCUAAAGGACUUCAUUCAGAAGAUCAGAGACUUUUUGAUGGAGGAGGGAGCAGAUCCAGAGAGCAUAGAGAAAAUAGCCCAGCAGGUUCUCGCCAUCACGCUGCCAAUCAAUCGGACCAUGCUGGACAGAGUAAUCCAGCAGAUCAAAGACAGCAUAGCCAACCUCACUGAUGUAGAGAAUGUCUUCAACUACACCUCCGAGCAGAUGGACAAGGCCAAGAAUCUGCUUGACAGAGCCCAUGAUGCCAAGGUUCGAGCAGAGGGAAUUAGUGAUGUUAUCACUAAAACUAAACAGGCCCUGAACACUUCUCAGGAGGCUAUAGAAAAGGCAGAGAAGGCGAUCAAAGUGACACUAAAAGACCUUAACAACGCAAGGAAUGCCACCGUCAUGGUGGAGGAGAAGCUCACAAAUUUAGAAAACAACCUGAUGGACCUUAUUUCACGAUUGGCCAAUUUAUCCCAAGGGGUGGAGUCUUUAAAGAACAAGACAGAGCAGAACAGCCAGCAGGCACUGGAGGCCAAGGCCCUAUCAGAUAAUGCCACACGGGCUGCCUCGGACCUAAACGAGGAGAUGUUGAAAGCUGAGACUCGAUAUAAGGAGCUGAAGGACAUGGUGGACUCCCUGGGAGGGGUGGCAGCAGGCAACAUCACACAGCGAGCUAUAGACAUGAAGAACGAAGCAGAGUCACUUCUUACUAAGGCCAAAAAGCACUUAGAGAAACUUAAGGAACUGGAGAAGAAGUUCAAGAAGAAUGAGAAGGAUCUGCAGAACCAACGUAUGGAACUGGAGGAGCUGGAAAAGAAUGCUACGAGCUAUCGAGAUGACAUCAGAGCCAGGGUCAUCGGCUACAAUAAUUGCCAGUAAUCAGGGAAAAGUACUUAAUGGCCAAUUAUAAUUAGCAUUUCCCAGUUUGUGACUCAGAACUUCUGUCCAUCAAAUUUUUUUGAUGAAUCUUUAUGUACUGUUUCUAAAAAGUGAGAGCAAGGUUAGAUUUUUGAAACACUACAACGGCUUGUCAGAAUCUUCCAUAAUGAAAUUAUGUAUUACAGUUUGUGACAAGUACUUUGUCUGUUAGGUGCUCAAAUGUUUAAUGCCGUGAAUAUAAAGAAUGUUCUUUUUUUUGGUG